CCUCCUCCUCCUCCUGACGUCAGCCCGCGGGGCUCGAGCAGUCUCGGGCAGGCGGCGACGGAGGGCGAUGGCUGGGGGGCGCCGGGGGGGCCCCUCCUGGGGCUGGGGUUGGGGCUGGGGUUGGGGCUGGGGGUGCUGCCUCUUGCUCUGCUGCGGUGCAGCCGGCGCUGUGCAGGUCUCCAUGCCGGAGGUGGUGGAAGCGGAGAUUGAGUCCACGGCCAGGAUCGAGUGCGGCUUCUCCAUCCCUGGGAACGGCUCCUACACCUUCAUCGACUGGUUCUACGUGGAUCGCGGCAGCCCGGUGAAGCUGCUGCGCCUGGCGGGCGGCGAGGUGCUGGAGGAGGAGACGAGCUACAAGGGGCGGCUGUCGGUGGGCGAGGACCUGGCCCUGGCCAUCAGCAGGGUGACCCCGCAGGACGCCAGGACCUUCGUGUGCCGGGUCGGGGCAGGCAGCCAGGACGUGGGCGAGAACCGCACCGAGCUCCGCGUCUACAAGGUCCCCGAGACCCCUGAGAUCGAGGCCAGCUCGGCCGGCGUCCCUGCGCACAGCCCCAGCACCAUGCAGAUCGCCCAGUGCGUGAGCGAGAACAGCUUCCCACCCGCCAACAUCACCUGGUACAAGAACGGGGAGCAGCUGCAGGCUGAGGAGAACAAGGUGAAGUUCCUGGCCACGCUGACCCGCAAGUCGAGCGGGCUGUACACGGUGAGCAGCACCCUUUUUGCCGUGGUCACCCGCGAGGACCGCAGCUCCCUGUUCCACUGCGCUGUGCACUACUGGCUGCGGGGCCAGCGGCUCUCCAAAGCUUCCCGGCGGGUCAACAUCACCGUCUUCUACCCCACGCAGCACGUGGAGCUGCACAUCGUGCCCACCGCCCGACUGGUGAAGGAGGGGGACUGACUGUGAAGCUGGUGUGCGAGGCCUGAUGGCAACCCGGCGCCCGUCUUCAGCUUCUACAAGAAAUCGCCCGAGGACUGGCAGGACGUCUCCUCCCUGGCCGACACCAGCAACGGGGUGCUGAGCCUGCACGGCGUCAACAAGAGCAGCAGCGGGCUGUACCGCUGCCAGAUCCUGGACCUGGAUGACAUGACGCAGAUGGAGAAGGAGGUGGAGCUCGUCGUCAACUACAUCGAAGGGGUGCGGGUGCAGAUGGAGCCCUCCUCGCCCCUGAACGAAGGGGACAGCGUGAGGCUGAACUGCAGCGCACACAGCCCCGUGGACCUGGACUUCCAGUGGACGGACGAGAAGGGCAGGAAGGUGGCGGAGGGGAACCAGCUCGUCCUGAGGAACCUCACCUUCGAAACCUCCAGCAAUUUCAGCUGCCAGGCGGUGGCUCGCAGCGUGCCGGGGCUGGAGCGCAGCAAGCAGGUGGCCGUGGCCGUUCAGGGGAAACCGCGCAUCGUGGCCAUCAGCUCCCCGCUCUACGUGCGGCAGGACGAGGUGGUGAACCUCACCUGCAAAGCCAUCGCCUUCCCCCGGCCCUCCGUGCGCUGGAGCAUCAACGGGACGACCCACGAGUACGUGGAGAACCAGCACGUCGCCAGCAACCUGACGGUGCGCGUGAGCCACGAGCUGCUGCGCGCCGGGGCCAUGUGCCGGGUGUCCAACGCGCUGGGGGUCAGCGAGAAGCACAUCAAGCUGCUGGAUGGGAAGACCUCGGAGAGCAAAGGGGUGAUCAUCGUGGCCAUCAUCGUCUGCAUCCUGCUGGUGGCCGUGCUGGGCUCCGUCAUCUAUUUCCUGCACAAGAAAGGCAAAAUCUCCUGUGGCCGAGCCGGCAAGCAGGACAUCACAAAGCCAGAGGCACGUAAAGACAAGAAUGUAGUUGAAGUUAAGUCAGAUAAACUCGCCGAAGAGGCCGGGCUCCUGCAGGGCGCCAACGGCGAGAGGGGACCCGCCGCCGACCAGAGCGAGAAAUACAUCGAUCUGAGGAACUAACCAGGGGAUCUCCCAAGUGCUUUCUCCCCUCGACCCUUCCCUGCUCUCCGAUUGCCUUCUCCCACCCCUGCUCCAGCCCCCGGGGAGCGCGGCCGGCGGCGAAACCCCGCGGGGGCACCCCCGGGGACCCCCCCUCCGAUACCUCAACCGCGGCUUGGCGGCUUGGCAGCGGCGGAGCUGGGCUUGCUUUCUGCUCCGGGGAAGCCGACAGCAAUACUCGAACGAAAUUCCCCCACUGAGCUGCCCGAGGGAAGGAGCCGAGGCUUCAUUCAGGAAAUUGCGCCGCGCGCGGCAAGGUUUUUUUUUUUUUGAUGCCUUUUCUCCCCAAAUUUGCUCAGCAAAGCUGGCGGGAUUCUUCGCUUUUUCGCAGCAGGGCGGUGCUGGCACCUCAAGGGUUUGGGUUUUGGGGGGCUGAGGGGAGAAGCAUUGGGGCUUUUGGGGUUUUCCCUCUGAGCCCCCCCCAACCUCGGUGCUGAGUCCCCGGGGUGCUGCGGGCAGGGAGCCCCCCGAGGGGCUGCGAGGGCAGGGCCGGGGCUCUCGGCUCCGUGGGGGCUGCAGGUUCUGAAAUCCUCCGGAUUGAAGGUUUGCUGCCGAGGGGGAGGACGAAUUGAGUUGUUUUUAGGGAGGCCGCACAGCUGCUGGCACCGCUGGGCCGUGCGUAAACGUGAACCCGAGGAAUGUCAGGUCAGGGCCAGCCGGCGAUGUCUCAGGGUUGGAUUUCUCUCUCUUUUUUCUUUUUUUUUUCUUUUUUUUUGCUAAACAUUUAUCAGCCCCAGGGGAAACUGGUUUAUUUCUUGCUUCACUGACACCUCCUGCCCCCUCCGGGGAGGGAAAACCCCGGCCCCAGCCUUCCCCUGCUGCCCCCCAGCCCCUUUCCCCUUCGGCUCGGCCCCGCUCGUGAGCUGCGUGGUGGCAGCAGAAGCUUUGGGUUAUACAUAUUUUUGUUGGGUUGUGUGUACAUUUCCGGGAGUUUUGUCUGAUAUUUGCCAGUUUGUUUGUUUUUUUAUAUAUAUAUAUAUGUGAAAAUAAAGUACCGAGGUCAAAGGCUG